ACGGCGACGACCACCAUUCGGGCCAAAUUCACUGCGUCGACGGUGCACAUUGAGCUGCCGCAGCUCCUGGACGCGAUCGCAGCCGCCGUGGGCCGAGGCAAGACGCCGCUGGUGAUCGACGCCAGCGACCGCGUCAACACUUUCUUUAGCUACCGCCAGUGCACGCUUCUUGAUGGAAAGAAAAUGGCGAUGGACAAGAGCAUGCGCAAGGUGCCCGUACCUGCGAUCAUGGAAGAAGCGCGAACGCGGCUCGUCGGAGCGCUCAAAUGCGGUCACCCAAUCGUCGUUGCCAUGAGCCAAUGCGUCGUUGACUUUAUAAACACGUUCAAUGACGCGACACUGCCGGUCGACGUGACUCGGAACGGAACGCUGGCGUUCUUUCCGAGCGACCUCGUGUGUUCGAACGCGGGGAAAGGGCUUCUAAACCACCUCGAUGCGCUCUACCGCCCCCACGACAUGAAAGACACGAGCAACAUCCCGCUCUGUCGCAACCCAAGUGAGUUUUACGUCGUGCUGACCUCGAAUUUCACACACACGGACUUUGAAACGUACCUUUUCAAGCCCGAGAUGGGUCUGCCUCUGCCCAAGUACCAGUACGAGUUCAUCCUCGUGCAACAAGAAGCCAUCGAAGAAGAUUUAUAAUUGCUUGUAUAUAGUGCGUUGUG